AUGCCUGCAUUACAAAAGAUGUACAGCCCAUUGCUGCGCAGUGAUUGUCCUAACGCUUCUAAUCAUGGGUAUGCAGAUAUUCUUCAAAAACGAUCUAUAAAUUCCUUACUGGACCAACCAGAAAUAUUAUCAGAAAAUAAGGGUGAUACUAUGCCGUCGAUUUCUGAAUUACUGGGACUGAAUUCUCCACGCGGAUUACUGAAUUUCGCCAACAAUAACUCCACCGAAAUAUGUUCCUGUUCGUCACCUGGUACAACAAAUUUUUCGCUGGACGUAGAUGAAAAUAAAUUUCAACCAAAUCCAAUGAAUUAUGCAGCUGUUACAUCUACUCCUAAGUCGUAUCAAAGAAAUAUGCCAUUUGCAAAUUCGGGUAUCACACCUUGUACUCCUCCUGCAAGUUUUCUAGCUGCUAGAACAUUAAGAAGUACAUCUUUGAGUGACAGCUGUGGCAGCAACAGUCCAACAGUUUUGGAUCACCUGAAUUACUCUCGAAGUAAUUCACCCGAGUCCGAUUUAAGUGGAUUAUCUAGCCCAGAAGCAGCUUUUAAUUUAAGUGGAAUAUCAAGCCCUGAUGCAUCUUUUAAUGAACUUUUCAAUUCUUUAAAUAUUAAUGAUACUCUAUCGAGAAAUUUGUUUUGCAAUGGAUCCAACGAAUUGGACAUUACAAACCUUCAACAGCUACAAGCGAUACAAACACUCAAGUAUUUGCAGCAGCCCACUAAUCCUGCUUUCCUCAAUUCGGUGUUGCCUCCUGCGUGUUCACAUAAUAAUAUGCAGCAAAUUAUGGAUAAGUGGAAUAAUGCUCCCUCCACGUUACUAAAUUUAUUACCAGAAAACUUACAACUUGAUAGAGCAGCCAGAUUCCACCGUUCUUCCGCAUCGUUAUAUGAUGCUACCUGCACAUGGAGCGGUAUUCUUCCACCCCGAUCCAAUGUCAAACCAAUCGGCUACUCUAGCAAGGUAUUUCUCGGAGGAGUACCUUGGGAUAUUACGGAGCAAAUGCUGAUCCAAACAUUUAAACCUUUUGGUCCAAUUCGGGUGGAAUGGCCCGGCAAAGAUAAAGCCGCUUCUCAACCAAAGGGAUACGUGUACAUCAUUUUCGAAUCCGAGAAAAAUGUUAAAACUUUACUGCAAGCCUGCACCAGUGAUUACGCUAAUGGUGGUAAUUGGUAUUACUCUAUAAGUUCGAAGCGAAUGAAGGCAAAGGAGGUUCAAGUAAUUCCGUGGAUAAUUAAUGAUUCUAAUCACACUAAAUCCACAUCUCAGAAGUUAGACCCAAGUAAAACUGUAUUUGUGGGAGCGUUACACGGAAUGCUCAAUGCCGAAGGUUUGGCUAAGAUUAUGAACGAUUUAUUCGAUGGAGUAGUUUAUGCAGGAAUUGAUACUGAUAAGUACAAAUACCCCAUUGGAUCUGGGCGUGUGACCUUCAAUAACCAAAUAUCGUACACCAAAGCUGUUGCUGCAGCUUUUAUAGAAAUCAAAACGGCCAAAUUUACCAAAAAGGUUCAAGUGGAUCCGUACCUUGAAGAUUCUCUCUGUUCCAUAUGCCAAGUACAGCAGGGACCGUACUUUUGCAGAGACAUGAAUUGCUUCCGAUAUUUUUGUCGCACGUGUUGGCAAUGGCAGCACAACGGCGAUCUACGCCACCACAAACCUCUGAUGCGAAAUUCGAAAAACAAUCAAGUAGUCGGACUCGGUACCUCGUCCGGCAGCAUUACUCCAACGACUCCGACCUCGCCUAGUAGUCCUAAUCUUUUCUCUUUGCAAAGAGCUUAA